CAGAAGAUUCUCGUACCAGUGGAGACGUCGAAAUGGCACUCCUGGCCAAAGAAAAAGAGGAAGUUAUGGCUGUGUUGAGGACGUUGUACUUGUAAGAAAUGUGAUCUGUAUCUGCUAUGAAGACGUCUGAGGAGCUUCCCGUGGUCUAUUAUCGACCCUUGGCAUUACCUUCGAACAACAACAUCUUCACCAGAUAAAGUUUUCCUCUAAGUCUGCGGUCGAGAUGCGAGUCGCCGCCGGAGACAGUACCGCACAGCAAGCACAGGCAGGCACUCUUUCGGUGCUGUUGUCUGACAAGAGCCAGGAGAAUAGCGGAUUGUCGUUCUUUACGUCGAAAAAAUACAUCUUUCUGGGAUUUUCAGCUAUGGCAUGGACGGCCAUGGCUUUUGUGCUCAUUUUGGUAGUAGGAUUUGCAUUUUUGCUCUAUAAAGAGCAGAAGGAGGAAGAAGAGGUCGUCAAAAGGCGGACCUCGAGAGAUGAAGACACUGCUUCAAGGGCUUACUCCACGAGUGUUCAUUACAUGUCUCCAGAAGCAGCAGCGCGCUAUCUUCACACGGAGGUUGGAGCUGGAAGAAGUACUUGUUCUUUUUUGAAACACGACAUGCUACUUCAUUAUCGUGCUAGAUUUUAAAAGACCACGAAGACGAACUCAGACUUUCUUAAUGUCUCUAGGUGCUUGAACGAAGUCCUACUAUGUAUGGUGUAGUACGAACAAUACUUCGCCUUCAAUAUCACUCACAUCGUGAAUCCUCAAACCGGUUACUUACAACAGCCAACGGCCCAACCGCGAUGAGCACUACUUUCGAUUGUCUUUCUGGGCCAGUAGGCUUGACAGAGGCAGAAGCCGACUUCCGUCUACGGACAUACGGUAAGAACGAAAUAUCACCGGCGCCGAAGGAGAACAAAUGGAUUGCCUUGCUCAAAAUCACGUUUCUCUCCGGAUUCAAUAUGUAAGGAUGGCAUUUAUUACUGUGUUGUGUAAGUGUAUCACAACUACGUAGAAUCAAUCAAGGUGGUCAUAUGACUUCAUCUUGUGUUAGGAUGGGCAUUCGCUGAACCUACUUUGGGUCAACCGAGUAAUCGUCACGACUCCCAAAAUCUUCUAACCUCUCCUUCUCUGGGUUUGUGUUGCUGCGGAACUGACACUUGGGGUAUUGAUGGCUGAAAAUAAGGAUGCGAAUGCUCAAGCUUCCUCCGCCCAGGAUUUCGUUACUCCCGUCAUCUUGUCUCUAGUCGUGCUCUUCGCGUCUCUGCUUCAGUGGUGGGCAGAGCAAAAGGCGGAGCAGACAAUGGACGCGCUUCAGGCGCUGCAGGGUGCUGGAGAAAGUGUCAAGAUCGUGAGGAGGUAUACUAAGAAAAUGGAAGUUGAUGGCGCUGAUUGUACUUGGAAGAAAGCAGGAAUAUAGUGCGGACGGGCCGCCGAAUUAUUCCCGCAAGCCUCUGCCGCCAAUCUUUCGAACAAAAUGCGUCUGGGCUCGUGCGCGGGCGCGCUUUUCAAGGACGCCAGCCCCAAGGGGGGCAGAUUUUUUCCAACGGGAUUAGGGAGUGCGCAAAUGGCGCAGCGCUCGCUACCAAGGCGCAGCGCUUGGGUGCAGAGGCUAGGGGGGAGGUGAAGUGGCUGCGCCAUUGCGGUGGGGUGUAGUACUCCCUCGCAAGGGUGGCGGGGUUUUGUUUGUGCUUGGUGGGGAGGUCUCUGAGUUUGCUUAUUACUUACAUGGCGCAUGGAAGGCGUGAAGACGGCGAAGAGCCGGGGUGGAACGCUCCAGCGGCGGCGUGAGUUUUGUCGUCGCAUUUGCUAGCAAGUGCCUCGGCUUCGGUCGUUUGCUCUGACUGGGGGAACCGGCUGGAGCGGCAGGCGUCGCCGUCGUUCAUCGGCAUCGGCGUGAGUGAAAGGCGCCCUCCCCCCGCAAAACUUCUAGACGCUCUGUCCCGGGGGGUGGGUUGUGGUAGCUCUGCCAAGAACCACAACAAAGGACAGGGAAAAGGGAUGCACGGCAGCCGCCAAGCUGUGAGGGGCUGUUAGAGGUCGAGGGGGGGCUUUGUGCAUCUUUUCGGCGCAUGCGCUGAAGGCACGGCCAGCACCUGACGCCGCAGGGCGAUGGCUUGGGGGGCGUUUCGCUGGUGUCCAUUCGUUUGCCUGUGCUUGGCGGGGGCCGCGUUCUCUUUGGGUCGGGGCUGUUAUGUGCUUAUGUGUGUGCCUUGACUAUCUCGGCUGGCAAGCUCUGACUCGUCUGGCGUCUGUUGUAGAAGACGGCGGCCCGCUCUGUGAAGGCAGCCACGCACAUGAAGAGGAGAACGGAGAGGCUCCGCAGAAUCCCCGCGCGGAUCGCUUUGGAGCAGAGCAGGAGGCGUAGAGGAAAGGGAGCAGGCUGCGUGCCAUGCCCGUGCGGAGCUUGUUGCGCGUGUGCUUUGACGAGCUCGCGACUCGUGAAUAUCUGGGACUAGAAGGAGCGGGCCCGGACCAUGCACAAAGGAACCAGAAGCCUCGGCGUGAUUGCUCUCAGCAGCGUCGCCACCUUGCGGCAGCGCCGCCGCCUUUGGUGUGCCCAGGCACAGCCUUGACAUCUUCUGCAAAGGAGCGCGGCCUGCGAUGGCUUGCUCGUGUUUGCGGUUUGCCUUUGGGGCCCGGACCAUGCACAAAGGAGCCAGAAGCCUCGGCGUGAUUGCUCUCAGCAGCGUCGCCACCUUGCGGCAGCGCCGCCGCCUUUGGUGUGCCCAGGCACAGCCUUGACAUCUUCCGCAAAGGAGCGCGGCCUGCGAUGGCUUGCUCGUGUUUGCGGUUUGCCUUUGGGAGGCUCGAAGGCUUUGCCAGUAGCGGGGCGGAGCGCGCUUGGCUUUUCGCCAGCUCUGGGCCACAGGAUGGAGUGAAAGGCAUGGCAGCCGCUUAAGGAUUACAAAGGCGCAAAGAGAGGAAGCCGUGCGUAGAUAGCCAGGCCGCCAAGACUGCGGGGCGCAAACAAUAACAAGAGCCCCCGGGAGCAAAAUAAGGAGGGGGGCGGAGGCAGGGGAGUGGAAACAACUGCACAAGCAGCAGCGCCAGCAGAGGCGAGAGCUGCAACGAACAGAGGAAAAAGAAGACGGGCAGAAGGGUGAGGCCCUUGCUGGCUGUCAGCUAAUUGGAACUAGUUAGCGCGUCGCGUGUCAGCUAAUUCUGACUAAUUUGAACGGGCUAGCGCGUCGGCUGUCGGCUGAUAUGAUUGGGACUAAUACUAAUUUGAGCUAAUUUGAGUCAGAUGCUGGUAGUUAAUGAGCAAAAUAUCUACCGCCUUUCUCGUAUAAUAUAGUGGGAAGAGAGUAAGAGAAGCCACGGCUGGCGCCCAGCUUGGUAUCGCCUUGCUUGGACGGAGAGGCCCACUAUCGUAAUCAGGAAAGAAAUGAAAUGGCUGAAGCUGGUUCGUUUCGUCGUCGUGAUUCCCAUCAUUCAUAUCAUACACACCAGAUCCGAAGAGGGGGUGAGCGCACAGCAACAGAGAUCAGAUGUGGUUUCCAAUGAGACCGCCGAAAACCCGAAUAGCCCUGAUAGUCUUCCAACUGUAGGAGCAGAUAAAUCUGGAACGCAACAGUACAGACGACAGGAUUUGCAGGUGCCGGGUAAGGAACUGGUUCCAGGUGAUAUCAUCUUUCUCGAAGCAGGCAGUAGAGUGCCAGCAGACUGUCGAAUACUCUAUUGCUCCGACGGUGCCGAGGUAGACCAAGCAGCAUUGACAGGUGAAGCCAUGCCAGAGGCGCGCUCAUCUAUAGCAGUAGGUCAACAAACACCUAGUAGAAAUAGUAGCAAAGAAGUGGAGCCAGGGCAAGAAGGGGCGCCAAAAAAUACGUCUGAAGCUUCACAGCAAGUCGAACCCUCACAGGCGAAUAACUUGCUGUUCUAUGGAACACUACUGCUCAAGGGGAACAUCACAGCUGUCGUGUACGCCACAGGAGACAACACACUACUUGGAAAAAUUGCCGAAGGCAUCAAGAAAAAACGGCCGAAGAGCAGCCUCGAGAUCGGAUUAGAUUACGGAUGGUUUUGGUAAUGCCUAUAUCUACAAGUACUAGAUGCAUAUGACAAGAUGGCGCACGUCGUGAUGAUAAUUCUAUUUCUGCGUUCACGAUUUUUCUUCAUCUUCCCUCGCUUUUCUAAUCACAACAUUUCGUGCACCUUAUCGCCGUUAUUGCCAUAAGCGUUGGCGCACUUACGGCUGUCGCAGAGUAUCAGGUGAGCAAAUCGCCGAGACAGAUCUUGGAGUCUUCUUCAGCAGCGCUCUUCGGUCAGAUCCCAGAAGGUCUACUCCCAACCGCGACGAUUUCGCUGAUGAUAGCCAGCCACAAGAUGAGCGAGAAGAACGUUCUCGUUAGAAAGCUUGAUGCUGUGGAGACUCUCGGCUGUGUUGAGGUCAUCUGCAGUGACAAAACUGGGACACUCACCUCUGGCGAAAUGGCUGUGACGGACAUAGUGUUGUCUGGCGGGAACCGCAUUCCCGUAGAUCCUCGCACAGGCGUGACAGCAUCAACUUCCUCCUCAUCUUCCAAAGAGGAUAGAAAACGAAUAGGAGACCUGUUUCGAGGAGGCUUGCUAAACACAACCAUCGUGUUUUCGACGAAAGGAAAUUCUAGUAGUGCUGCAGCUGGUGGUCUACUUGAAGGCUCUACUUGCCUGAACAAGAAGGACAUUCUUGGGUCCCCAACAGAGACAGCGAUUUAUUUCGCCGCCUCACGGUCUGCGGACAGAGCCGAAUUUUCAUCUUGGGCCAAAACCCUAGAGAUACCAUUUAACAGUGCAAACAAGUACAUGGUCACAGUACAUAAGAUGGGUCCUGAUAUUAAGGCUCCACUUUCAAUGGUCAUUGGGGUUGGUCACUGAGAUCGAAGAGGCGACCCCUUGAGAGAACAGGGGAAAACGAAGGAAAAGGGGAGAGCAUUGAAGGGGGUCUCUUGCGUUCAGAGUCAGUGACCAAUGACUGCUGAGCUUUAAUGAUAGCAGCUUAUUGCUUGUGAAGGGUGCCCCAGACCGGAUACUGCCGUUUAUCAAAGAUAGUACUGCAGCGAAAAAAGUAACAACGUCGUGGAAAGCAUUGAUGGCUGAUGGCAAGCGGGUGAUUGCAGUUGCUCAACAAGUAGUGAAAAAAGCGGAUUGGAGCUCGGUUUCAGCACAGUCACUAGAGGAAUUGCAGACAGCGAUAAAGUUAGGCAGACCGACGUGAAGAUUCUGUCCCCUAUUUAAUUCAUUGUUCCAAUAUGGAGAAUGGAAGUUCCAAUAUGAAUAAAGAUCCCCUAUAAUUCAUUGUUCCAAUAUGGAUGAUCUUUAUUCAUCGAAGGACUAUCAGCAUCAGUCUCAUUUUCUUCCUCUCUAAUCCUCGUAGACCUGGAACUCUGCGGACUACAUCAGUCUCAUUUUCUUCCUCUCUAAUCCUCGUAGACCUGGAACUCUGCGGACUACAUCAGUCUCAUUUUCUUCCUCUCUAAUCCUCGUAGACCUGGAACUCUGCGGACUACAUCAGUCUCAUUUUCUUCCUCUCUAAUCCUCGUAGACCUGGAACUCUGCGGACUACAUCAGUCUCAUUUUCUUCCUCUCUAAUCCUCGUAGACCUGGAACUCUGCGGACUAUUUGGCAUCGAAGAUCCCCCCAAGGAAGGGGUGCGCGAAGCUGUCCAACGAGCGCAAGACGCUGGAAUCAAGGUCGUGAUGGUAACGGGAGACCACCAAGACACAGCGCGAGCCAUCGCAGGUCAACUGGGAAUUUUGAGGGGUGGUGGGGCUAGUAGGUAUGAUGAGAUUAUUGGAAUGUGGUGAAAUUAUGUUCAAGAAGGCUUUGUAGACAGCAUGAAUGAACUGAAGGACAUAAACGUUUGUUUCCUGCUCCGCCAAAAAUAUCCCUCCCAAUAGAUACCUCCCACUUCUGCUCUAAUAUUAUCUCUCUUCCUCCUCUACCUCCACCCAAGACUUUUCUGUGAUCGAGGGCAGACGGGUGGAGCAGCAUGGACCCUUGUUCGACGAAUUCGGUGCUUUUGAUAGCGAAGAAGUCCGCUCAUUCUGGAAACGGGCUGUAGAGCAGACUGCAGUCUUUGCACGGGUUUCCCCGUUGCACAAACAAAUCAUAUUAUGGUUUCUCUACUGGCAGUAAGAUAAAAGCUGUCGACCAUGCGAGCUGAGUCUGUCGCAGUAAGUUGCAUAAACAAAUUGAAAUUAUUUUGGUGGAUGCAUGAUUUCUCUACUGGCAGUAAGAUAAAAGCUCUUGUUUGGAUUUUGACCCUACUAGAAGAAAGACACCAGCAUAGUGCAGAGGAUCAUAGUUGCAGGCACUUUGUAUCUCUAAUCGAAGUCCAGGCAUAUCAGCGAUUCGGCCACGUCAAGAGGAUGGAAGAGGAGGAAAAUUGUGGAAGCUCGACAACACCUGGAACACUUGGGUCUCAAGGUGGCUCAUCGAGUUCGCUGGCUGCCAGUACGUCGCAGGAGAGAGGUAGUGGGGGUACAGUUAUGUUAUUGAACCAAAGAGUAGAAUAGCAUCAGGAGUCCUCUCAUCAUUUUCCCUCAACAAUAGAUCGAUGCUCAGACUCCCCAUGUGAUCCCAAGAGUCAUUCGCUUCUAAAUUAUCACCGGGUGGCUCCACGACGGUCACCAGAUCCGGCGCCCAGCCCUACAUGGCUGUUCCCUUACGCGAGAUGACUGAGGGGACCGUGAAGGAUUUACCGAGUACAGGGUGCAUCGUCGCUAUGACUGGCGAUGGGGUGAAUGACGCCCCAGCUUUGAAGCAAGCUGAAGUAGGAAUUGCUAUGGGCAUUCGAGGAACCGAAGUCGCAAAAGAUGCUGCGGGGAUCAUCCUUUUAGACGACAAUUUCUCGUCAAUCAUCGAUGGCGUCGAGCAAGGCCGCUUAUCAACAGACAAUUUGCGGAAAAGCAUAAUGUACACAUUGUGCUCGAAAGUUCCGCAGUCUAUUCCAAUUUUCACCGGCGUUUUCGGAUUAGCACAGACCCUUACGAUCACGCAGAUACUGGCAAUCGACAUAGGAACGGACAUCUGGACCAGCAUUGCAUACGCGACACAACCGUAUUAUUUUGUUUUUAUCAUUUGGCUUAUGAAUGUCUGGAUCGAAGUAAUUAGAUUUUUGCUGAUGCAUUUGCAUGAUUCAUAGAGGAGUUCGCUUAUGAUUCAGAUGGAGAUCAUGUCCUCUUUUGCAAGGAGAGAAUCAUGAGUACAUCUCGGCGACUACUCACCUUCAACCAGGGCCGAAGCCGACCUCAUGCGCAACGCUCCUCGACAUCCGGUUUUACAGCCACUUGUGGAUGCCUCCUUAAUGCUCUAUAGCUACUGCUAUAUGGGUUUACUACAGGCAUUAGGCUGCUUCUCCAUGAUCCUCUUCUUCUUCCCUGAGGCAGGCGACCUGUUUCUCAGUGGGAAAAGCUUCCGCGACUAUUCCGAUGAUGAGUUCAAAACGUAUGGGCAAAUGACGACAACCUAUUACUGGGCACUGGUCGUAGGACAGCUGGCUGCAGCAUAUUCGACAACGACAAACCGGCAGAGUCUGUUAGAGUACGGAGCGCCGAAUGCGUCACUGAAUUUAUGAAGUCAAAUGUUCACCUUCACCUGAAUACUUAGUAUCUUCACCCGAACUUAUGAAGGCAAAUGUUCAUCUUCACCUGAUCCAUCAUCUUCGUUAAAUCCCGACUCUGAAUGGAGUCGUCCUCCUCAAUUGUCUUCCUAUCUUCACAUAUUAAUCCUUUACCUAGUACUGAAAUCGAGCUAGUCCUAGGUCUCUGCUCCCUCUCUAAUCUGCUACCUCAUCCUCUUCGAGAUUUUCACCGGACUCGCGAUCAUCUAUUGGGACGUUUUGCAGAGGUUCGUUGGUACCUGGCAUUUGCCCAUGCAGCAACUGUUGUUGCCGGUUGUGGUGAUUUUUCUCCCGAUCCUGCUCAUAGAGGAAGCCCGCAAGGCCCAUUUGCGGAGUAUCUACGGAACAUCAAAGUCAGCUCUUGUUGAGGAUAAAGAGGAUAUAGGUGGAAAGCAAAGCUACCCUGCCAUUGCGGGUGGCGCGGCUGUUUGAGGGACAGGAUUGGAGGAUAGGUGGACCAUGCGAGUAAAAGGGACAGAGAUAGACAUCUAGCGACUACCCAAAUUCACACACAUAGAAAUAGAAAAGAUUCACGCAAUAAAACUGGGAAGUAAAAAUCAUCAUCAAGACAAAGGAAUGCUUGAACGAUGGACACCACGAAAUGAAUAGAAAAAUGUGGUUACCAGAAUGUCCUUACGAAAUUAAAACAGCACAGAGGAAACAGAUGCUCAUCUUUAGAUAUAAAUAGUUCUUGGACGAAAAUUCAGUUUCGAGGCUCAGAGUUUGACAUCUAACGAAAAUGUACAGAAAUGGAAUAGGCUAGCAGUAGCACCAUCUAACUAACUAUGACUAACACUAACUUGGAAAUGAAGAUCAGGAUCAACCAAGAAAUCAUCAAGAAAUGCAAGUAGAGAUAUCUACUGAUGGGAUUCAAUGCGAUGUCAUUGUUGGGUAAGUGAUGCCCCUAGCAACGAACUUGAUUAAUUUUUUUUGUUGACGACGGACGGACGGACGUGCCAUUGUGUUUCAUGCAUUCUUGCGAACAAGUUUUCACUUGGUAUCAGAUUCUUGAACUUGAUUUUUUUUUGUUUUCGGCCAUGAGAAGGAAUGAUAUUUUCACGAAAUAAGUAGAAUGAAUCGCGCAUGAGAACGAGACCGAGGC